AUGAAGAAGUUCGAAUUCGACCCCGAUAUCGUCCCCAACCUGAAGCUGGGCCUCCACUCCUUCCAAAUCAUCUUCACCUUCGUCGCAUGGUGUAUGGAGAUUGGCGUCUUCCGCGCCAAGGAUUCAACCAUCAACGGCCUCAAUGGCUGGACCUUUGGAGUGUGCUUCCUCUCCAUCCCAGCAUGGAUCUACCUUAUCAUGACGCCCCGGUUCGACCGCACCCGCAAGUUCGCUCAGCCCCACGCCAUGUUGGCCGUCGACGGUACCUUCACCGUUCUCUGGCUCUCGGCGUUUGCUACCCAGGCCAGCUUCAACGCCAAGGACCUGUGUGGUAAGGCAUGCGGCGUCAGCAAGGGCGUUGUUGCCCUAGGUGUCUUCAUCACCCUGCUCUUCGCCGGCAGCACCUUCAUCAGUGCUUACACCCUGACAUACUUCAACUUCCACGGCAACCUGCCUGGCUAUGACAACCGCAAGCUCCGCGGCGGCGAGAACAUCGACCCCGACAAGGCCGCUUUCUCCAUGGCUCCCCAUGACGACGAGGCAUAUGAGCGCGUCCAUGCGGAUGAGAACGAGCCCACGGGCAGCCAGUACAACAGCAACAGCUACAACAGCAAUAACCGCUACGACGAGGGCAACCCCUACGGCGCCGAGGACGACGACCCCAGCCGUUACGGCGCCCUUCCUCCUCGCACCAACACCCUCUUCGACAACGACACCGAGUACAACUCCGGGCCUGCCUCCAUGCCCUACGCAAACCCUCCUGCCGGCAAUGCGUACGAGAGCAACUCGUACAAUGACCGCCCUCCCAUCCUCACCAACACAUUCGACCACCCUCCCAUGGGCAACACAUACGAUGACCACCUUGACCACCCUGCGCAGUUCCCCGCUGGCAACUAUGACCGAACGCACUAA